CCAGGUAUAAAUUCAGCAGCGAGUCGAACCUCUCCCAGAGCUCACUCUGUCCGACUUUUACUUAAUUUCUCUCCACUCCAAAUUUUUAGAAUGCGCUGGUUCGGAGCGUUGUUCUUCUACCUGAUCAUCCUGGUAACGAUGUGUCCUGCCGAGGAGAACAUGCGUCGCACAAGAAUAGUUAUCAACCGAACUUACCCGGGUUCAACCGGAGAUCGUUUAAACCUCGGAGCAGGAACCGACCGUUUUCAAAGGGUCCAUCAUGGACUUGCCAGAAGUAGGAGAUCUAUUUUCAGCAAGGUUGCCAAAGAGGUCAAGAACGGUGUCAAUAAGGUCGAGAAUGCUGGCAGAAAGAUCGAGAAAGUUGUCAACAAAAUUGGUAAAAUUAUCGUCGUGAAAAGUACUAGACGCACGAAUGACUUAAAAAAACUAGGUGGCCUACGACAACUCACAACAAGCCGACUUCACAUUAAGUCUUAAAUCCUGAAUUGUUGAACAAGAACAAGGAAUACGUUUAACGGGGUAAAAUAUAUAGACAGCUUUAUUUCUUAGUUAUUAUAUGACUUAUCAAUGAUAAGUCAUCAUAAUUCUGUACAAUUUUUACAUGUUCAUAACAAAAGAAAAAUAAAAAUCGUUCACCCUACA